UGUUUCUCUGACCGUGUGUGUGUGUGUGUUUUUCUCUGACCGUGUGUGUGUGUGUUCCAGAGUGGUGUCCAGGCAGUGAGGGCUACAUCCUCAGCAGUAGAAGGAACAUCGCCAUGCGGAGUGACUCGUCCCCCUCUAAAGCUGGGGUUCUCUACUCCAACGCCCCGACCUACUUCUGUGGACAGACGCUCACCUUCAAGAUCUCUGCCACCGGCCAGGUGGACAAGCGGGACAGUAUCGGGGUGUGUGUGGGGUGUGAGGGAGAGACAGAGUCUCUGCAGAGGGACCAGGCUGUCUGCAUCUCCACCAACGGAGCAGUGUUUGUCAACGGUAAAGAGAUGACCAACCAGCUGCCUUCCAUCACCCUCGGCUCUGCUGUGACCUUCGAUAUGGAAGUGGUCAACCUACUUCCUGUUAGCAACAACAACCUUAGCGACGGAGGCAACUUCAAGCUGAGGGUUACGAUUGGCUCAGGGAACCGGGAAGUGGUGUUUGAUUGGCUGCUGGACCAGGGGGUGGACUGCCUGUUCUUUGGCUGCUCCUUAGCCCACCCUGGUUGGAAGGUGCUGGUGUUCUGAGGCUGCUGAUUGGACAGCAGACCUGUCAGUCAACACAAAGGGACAAGCAGGGUAACAGUCCUGUCUGCUGGAGUUGUCCUGUCCCAAAUCAACCCCUAGACCCAACCCCUUAGACCAGUGCUAUUCAAACUUUUUUUUAGCAGGGACCCUAUUUUGCUGUGUGCAAUUUCUCAUGAACCCAACCCAAAAAUAAUUUUUAAAAACCAGUACAUUUUAGAUUUUUACAUCCACGAAUAACCCUUAAUUCAUUACAUUUACAAGAAACCAAAAUAAAUAUACUUUUCAAAUA